AUGUCAGAAGAAGUAGCGUCUACACCAGUACAAGUUUACGUGUAUGAUUUGUCGAGGGGACUCGCGAGAAACUACAGUCGUAUGUUCUUGGGUACUGAGAUUGAGGCAAUCUACCACACCUCAGUCGUGGUGAGAGGCAAUGAAUAUUAUAUUGAUCGUGGGAUACAAACGAUUAGGGCUCUGUCGUACCACCUUAAAUACGGCCCACCCAUGGAGGUUAUCGAUGUUGGAGAGACGUUUAUUGAUGAUGAAAUAAUCAAAGAGUUUAUCAAUGAUCUAAACAAUAGGGAGGAUAUGAAGUACGACGCCGCCAGCUAUGAUUUGUUUACCAACAAUUGCAAUCACUUUACAGAUACAUUUUUGGAGUUUUUAUGCGACAAGAAGUUGGAUGAGAGAAUAUUAAACUUGCCGGCGGUUGUUUUGGAGACACCAGCGGGUCGAAUGUUGCAGCAAAUGAUUGGUGGUACCGGACAGCUUUUUUGA